GUCUCAAGAACAAAUCUCGCGAGAUUUGCAUCAUUUCCAUGCCCCCGUCAAUGUUCAUUGGCUGCUCCUUUUCCAUUUAAAUGGUUGAAGAGAAACAGAGACGCGUCUUCUUCAGUUACAGGCGCAUCAACGCAGGAGUUAGGAGGCAUGCUCACAUUCAUGCAAACCGUGAUUACAGCAAGGGGUCAAAUGGUUCAGAGACAUCCAUGUUUGGAACCAUGGAUGUUGCUGGUGUGCGUGUUGGCUCUGGCUGGUGAAGCUGGUGCUUUCUUUGAAUGGAUGAAGGUGGCACCGGCUCCGUCCUCGGUGCCUCCAGCUAUGCCCGCUCAUCCGACUGCUGUCCCGAGUAAUGCUGCACCAUUUGAGAUGAGUGUUGCUGAUGAGAAGAUACUGGCUGAGGCGAAACUGAUUGCUAUGAGUCCUCUUGACAGCUGCCAUUUUAGGGUUGUCUCUCAGCUCAAGGCUACCUGCAAUGGCCUUUCAGAAGAACAGCUGGCAAAACUGGGAGUGGCUUUGUUCAACUGCCAGUCAGAAGUAGAGGGACGCAGGACUUUCCUGUGCACUGAGGAAAUGUCCAUUAAAGAGUGCACAGCUGACAUGGAUUCAGACACCUGGAACGCGUACCACAUCGUCAGUAAUCGUGCACGCUCCGUGUGUUAUGCCACACGUCAGCAGCAGUUUCGAAGGCAGACUGAGCUUACUGUGAACGCCCUAAUCUCAACAGCAGCAAACCAGCUGGAUGCUAUGAAAGACCUGAAGGAGGGUCAGCGUGAACUACGGGACAUGACUGCUGCAUCACUGGACAGACUGUUGGACGGUCACAGUGCUCUACAGCUCCAGCAAGGGGCACUAAAGGAGGGCCAGCAGCAGUUGGAUGCUUCAAUCUCUGCCAAUUUGCAAAGGUUGACACAGGAGAAGGCUCUGAUUAGCACUGGGCAGCAGCUGGUGGCACAGCUUAUCCAGGGAAUUACACAGAGAAUAGAGAAUGUCAGUGAGCAGUUGAAAGGUCAAGGUACAGAUGUGCAGGAAGGCCAUCAGGCUAUUCUGAACGACCUGGCUGAAGUCCGAGGGCGUGCACAAGAGAUCUACAGUAAAAUGGAACUUAAUUUGAACGGGGUCCUGCAGCAGCAGAACACAACAGUUCAGUUCUAUGCUGAGCUCAUGGGAAAGCUGGAGCGCAUGAACAGCACUCUGGGAUACAUGCUGACAUACCUGGACAACAUGCAGAGCAGGCUAGAGGAUAGAUUACAUAUGAUCCAAGGAUACCUGGGAUGGGCUGGUUUGAGUCUGCGUGCCGUGUGGAUAUGUAUAAUGCAUGCUGGAUAUUUCCUGUUCUCUGCGGUCCUGCUGUCCUUCUUGCAGUGUCCCACAUUUUCCCGUGUCUCUCUGCUCGUCACUGUGCCCGUCAACGCCAUUGCUGAGGUCAAUCAGCAGGCAGCUUUCGACCUGGUCACGCUCUCUCUGCUCCUCUUUACGCUCUCACUGGCACGUUGGUUUGUGCUGCAGCUGUUGUGGGCCCUGUCUAACCUGAAGGGCCAAAAGUGCAGUGAUGGUGUUCAUGCUGCUCUUCUGGCUCCACCUGUUGAGAACACUCCUGAAAAAUCCCCAAACCCUGCAUACAGUCCAGCGACCUUCUCAACACCUCUAGAAGGAGACCUGGACUGUGACUUGGAGACAGAGAUGCCAUAUCUAGGUCAAGACAGCUUUAUGACAGGUGACCCGUGUAUGGUGGCUUUAUCUCCGUCCAACGCUUAUGGUCCACCCAGAUAUGGGGGACUAUCUGUAGGCACCCCUAGCCAUUCUACACCCAGACUGAAGAGUCGACAUAGCCUUGGAGGAGCUGUUUUUGAGAGCAUUACCCAGAGGAACCUGGGAGGUGUCUUGGAUACAGUCAGCCAAUCCCGGAGCUCCAGCCCCAAUCAGUCAGUCGCCAGCAACGGCUCUUUCUCAGGACGUCCUUUGUGUAGUGGUACCACCAGGCUAGGACAGCCAUGUAAGAAGAGGGCACUGGUGGGUCAGGACUUCUGUAGGGUCCAUGAAGGGGGACCCAACUCCUACAGUCACCUAUAAAACAGUGCGUUGCUCCACUGCCACCUCUAGCACCAGCGAGUGUAUUGUUUGUAUCUUGUGUUUUCUUAAAUCUCAGCAAUCCAUUUGUUUUUAAUGUGUUAUCAUAAUGUUCUGUUUUUAUUCAUCCUCUCUAUGGAUAUAAGAUGGUGUAAAGUUUGUAUUUAUAAUAAAUGACCAAAGUCAGUUUGUAUGAUUUUAUAAAACAUUUUUAAUGCUGCUUUUAAGAAACCUGUAACUUCUAAAUGUGCUUGUCCAUUAUUUGUGAACCUAGUGCCUCUACCAGGUUUAACAGACCCCUUUUUUAUUAUUAUUUAUUUAGUACAGCCGAAUUUCAUUUAAUGCUAACUCUGACUUUCAUUCAUUCAAAACCACUGAUUAUUAGCCUUAUAUUAUGUGGACUGUCUGCCUAACAAGUUCUGAUGAAUUAUAUGUUGCUGUAAAAACAAUGUAUUAUGAUGAGCACCUUUUUUUUUUAUAUAUAUAUAUAAACCUAUUAUUUGACUUGUAACUCUGAGCUGCUGUUAUAGAAUUGUCACACCAGAUAAUCAACACCUGACCAAUCAGUCUAGAGCAUUUGGCAACAUUGGGGUAUAGUAUACAAAUGCACUUGCAUGAGCUAUAGAUAUAAAACCACCUCAAUAAACCCAACCAGAGUUCAAUGCACAUCCUUUAGUAUCUAAAUGUUACUUAUUCUAGUAAAUCGCUCCAUAAUUUUUGUGUAGAGCCAUGAGUUUAAU